UUCGAUGGAACUGUUCGAUUUGUCAUUGAGGGCUUUCCGAGGCGGUGCUUGCAGCUUGCAGCCAAUGAGGGUUGCGCAUGCAGCCCCUCAAGAAAUCUCCAACCAGUGCGGAACGACAAAUCGAAGACACCAAAAAAAACUCUAGAUUUGGAUUUUGAUGGCGGGUAAUCACGCCGUAGGCGAGCUAAACCAAAUGGGCAGUGUUCUCACGUUUUAAUUUUAGUACUGCUCUUGGCUCGGCUUCUCAAGUGUGUUCAGAGUUAACUUUUUUGAUUUAGUGUGCAUUUCGCUGAGGGGUUCAACGAUGUCGCAGAGGGGUUCAGGGAUGACGGUCUGCUGGUACUACAUGCAAGGAAGGUGCCGCUAUGGCGAUCGCUGCCGUAACGUGCAUCCUGCUUCGGAGUAUGACUCGUAUGACUACGACGACGAAUACGAAGAACCCCGCACUCCACGCGGUGGAAGAGCGACUGAAUUCGAUUUUAACGCCACUCUUCAAAAUGUGCGCCGGCAAGAGCAGGCCAAGCAGUACCGCAACGAAAGCUUCCAAAGAAGAUAUGGUGAUACGUACCACUCUCCGCAGACGAAUCGGUACUCUGACGGUAACCAUUACAGCUACCAACCGCAGCAACAGAAUAGGUUUCAAGCCCUUCGCGACGCAGAAAGAAACACUCAUCGGCGCGCAGAGUCCGGCCAACGGGAGCAGCAGAAUAGGUUUCAGUUGUUUCGGAAUGCCGAAAGAAAUGACAACAGUCAGAAAGUUGCUGCAGUGAAGUUCGACUUCAAUAAAGCGCUCCAGGAGGUGACCAAAGCCGAAAACAACAAUUCAAGUGAACUGUCUAGUGAUCAAGCUGCUGUUGUAUCUGACAUGAAGCAAUGGCAGGCAAGUGGGCAAUGGCUAUUCUCAUGCUAUGGGCCAUUUGGAAAUUCAGCAUCAUACCCAGGAUUUUGUGACAUGUCUAUGGAGGAGUUGCGACUGGACUUCUACAAUGCAUUUCAAGCAGGAGCAGUUGGUGAUUAUGCCAAUCGUGUGAAACAAGCUGCCACAAAUGUGCAGCAGAAUAUUCAGCACUUGCUGUUAAUGCCUCCAGAUGUAAGGAACUGUUUGAAAAAUCUUCGUAAUGAUCAAGCCACAGCAGGUCCACCAACAUCUUUUAGUACAGGUAAUGCCUUUCUGUUUUGGUGGUGAUUGCUUGUUCCAUAGGUAACAAUAUUAAUUUCUUGGCACUAGCCACUAAUCUAGUCUGCUUGUUUAGUACAUAUAAAAUAAAUUUCAAGAUAGUUUAGACACCUUUAUUUGAACAUUAUUGAUUCAUCGAUGUUAGAUGCUCCAGCUUUUUUAUAUUAGUGCUAACAGUUUGUUCUGUGCCCCCAAAUCUUUAGUCUAGGCAAAAGUGGAAGCCUCAGAAUUACAGCAAAAUGAUGAGUUUUUCUGAAACGUGCCAUCAAGUGCAUACAGCUUCUGUAUGAAGCAAUAGUAACUUACCCCAGUUGUUGUAGCAUGUGUGAACCCUUUACCACAUAGUGAUUUAUUUUGAUUUAGUGACCAGUAUACUGGACACAACAAAAAACCUUUCUCAGGAAAGCAACCAUGACUUCCAGUAGCAGAUUGCGGCUGGUGAUGUACUUAACUAAAUGCUUUUUUUUUUCUCCCUGUUUCGUACUUGUAGACUCGAACAAAUAAAUUUGCUGGAAGUAAUAGUGCCCUAAUCCAGCCAUCUGUGCAAAAAACUGUGCGUUAGUGUCUCUUAACUUUGCGAGUGGAGUGAUGAAGCAGCGUUCAGUACAGUGGUUAUUGUGACUGUGCACAUAUGUUCCAAGAGCUGCAUUACAUGUGGCAUUUUUUUUCUAAAAGAGCCAAAUCCAGAAACCGAAAUUAGGCUAAAUUUCAUGGGAACGUAAAGCAUCUUUAAGUAUCGUUCCCUUUUAAUCAAGAUGGGGCAAUUUCUGAUUGUAACGUGAGCUGAAAAAAAGCAGUUUCGAAGAAAGAAUGAGCCAAAUUGUGCACCUGUUUGAAUCAAACUGAUCCAGGUCUAUUAAACCAGUGCUGCGUCAACAAUCGUGACCAAAACAAC